AUGACGUCAAGCUAUCUUACGCUAACAUAUGUAGAUAUCGCAAUCGCGGUGCAAGAAACCCUAAACAGUCUACUAAAAGAUGACAUCUUAAAAAAGAGCUACAUCUUGACCAUCUCGAUCUAUGUGAAAUCCGGUCAGAUCAUUGGCGACGUGAUAAAAUUUGGAAACCACGACCGAACUGUUGUUUACAAUCGACGUGCAGACUAUGAUCAGAUCCUGCAGGCGGAAAUGUCUGGAGAGCUCAUUGAAAGACUUCCGAACACCCAAGAAGAGAAGGGAGAGUCAUUAGUGAUGGGUAUGUGCUAUCUGAGUGUCGGAACGUGA